GCGACGGACUGUAUAGCUAGGAGACAUUGGGAUUCUCUACGCCCUCGCUAGCGGGAGAGACACCCACAUCAACACCGCAUCUUUCUUGCAAGAGCCGUGGGGAGUGCCAAACACAGACCCUCAAGUCGUUAACAUGUUGAGCCAGAGUGUGAUACCUGCUUGCCUUCUCCCGCCAUGCUCAGCACCUUUUUAAAGAUGGCGGGUAAUAAAUAUUCAGACGCACACUUCGAGAUUGACCAUCCGAGUAUCUAUAUGAGUGGUGCGGCGAGCCUCUCAAUUUCGCUGUUAACGCUAUACGCCGUAGUGCUGCUGUUUUCCAAGGCCCCUGAGUUGUUAUGUUCAAAUGUGGUCAUCCUGCGAUGCUCUAUAGACAAGUGUACUUCUCCUUCUAAAGUCAUCGAAGACGCUGACGGGGUGCACUUUGCGAACGCUCUACUGAAAGACUUGGAUGGAGUGGGAUUGCAACUGGAGACUACGGCUGUCCUACAUUACAUGGUAAUAUAGCACCAGCCUCUGCGCUCUCCGCAGCAACAGCCAGCAGCAGCCCGACGCCCGCGCCCCCCAUCGUGACCUAAUCACAUCCUCAUUCGCGACAAUGGCGUCG